AUGCCUCCGAAGCAAGAGGUGAAACCGACGCCGAGCGACGACACUGACAAAUACGGCAAGCUUAAGGAUGAUCUAGUGAAAGACAUUCUAAAGAAGCAGGAGCUCGAGAAGAAACUUCAGGAACUAGAGGACUCGAUUUACGAAAAGGAAAAUGACUACUUCAACGAAAGUGUUUACGGAAACAUCAUUAAAGGAUUCGAGAACUUCUCCAAAGCCAGUGGAUCAACUAAUAAGAAACGACUUCAGUACACCGAUGAUGAUCACAUCUUCUCGAUGAGUUCUACCAACUACAUCAAACAGUUGAUGAAGAAGCAGGGAGUCGUCAACGGAAGUGCCGACUUCGAAGACUAUGAAGAUGUGGUGAAGCCGAAAGAGGCUGCUGAAGAGGAAACUACUGCCGCCACCCCUGGGCGUAAGCGGAAACUGAGGGUUUCAGAAGAUUAG